AUGGAGAAUAACUCGAGUAAUGAGGCCGAGUUAGGAUCGACCAAACCCGUGUCACAAGAAAAGCCACAAGCGGCCGUGUUGUCUGAUCCAGAGACAAAUGCCUCCGACGGCUGGGAUGAACAAGAAUCAGAUUUGUGGGAUGAAUCAGAGCCAGCAUCCACUACUAAUGGGCCGCUCACAAAUAAUGGCCACCAUAAGAAAGAAGUAGAAGAAGAAAAUCAUACAGAGGAUGCAUUAGCUGAGUUGCGGUCUCGAUUAUCUAGGUGUGAGAUUGAAAUUUCGGAGAAACGGCGCGAGUUGGAACUUAAAUCAGAAGAGUUGGCUCAAAAGACUACGGAGUUGGACUCAAAAGAGCAAGAACUCACUGAAUUGAGAGCUAUAUCUCUGAAGAAGCUUGAAGAGUCUGAUUCCGAAAGUAGUCAGAAGCACAUCAAGGAACUAGAAGCAGAGUUGGAGGCGACUAAAAAAGAAAGAGAUGACACAAAGCAGCAAUUAGAGGGCUUCUUAUCAAAAAUUUCAAGCAUGAAGACGGUAUUCCAAAACUACAAGGUUACUCAAAGCGAGUUAGAAGAGCUCAAGCUGGAAAUGGAGACCGUACAAGCAGAGUCGGCUACUCUUAAGCUGGAAGUAGAAUCCCUCAAGCUGUCAAAGGGGAAUUUAGAAACCCAGCUUCAUGAUAAGGAGGAAGAGAAUCAAUCGUUGAAGCAGACGCUUGAACAGCUCAAAGCACAGGCAGCAGACUUGAAUAAUGAAUGUGAUAGAUUGAGCCUGCAAUUGACCAAUCUCCGUCGCGAAUACCAACUUAAAGAGGAAACAGGGCAAGACGAAAAGUACUCCUUAGAAAACGAGGUGAGUCGGUUGACUAAAAAACUCAAUGAGCAAAAACAUGCCUAUAAUGAGCUUGAAGUCGCCCAGGAAGAAUUAACAAUGGAGAACAAAAACCUCUCGGCGACAAUCGAAGAACUCAGCAAUAAAGUUGAGCAAAAAGAAAGUGAGAUUUCACAUUACGCUCAACUAGUAGAAAACCUGGAGGAAAAAUGGGAAGCGAAGGUGAAGGAGCUCGACGAACUUGUGAAGAAGAAAGAACAGGAGAUAAGAAUUUUAGAAGAGGAAAAAGCAGGUUUCCAGUCACAGGAAGGUAAGCAUGAGGCAAUCAUAGCGGAUAAGGAUGAGGAGAUUGCGAAACUCAAAGAAGAAAACAGCAAGAUUGCUAGUCUUCAGGAAGAGGUUCACACAAAACAGCUUAUAAUAGGGAAAUUGCGACACGAAGCAGUGAUUUUGAAUGAGCACUUGACAAAAUCUAUGGGUAUGCUUAAGCAGCAACUGAAUCAAUCGAAAAACACAGUUGACAGGGACUUGAUUUCGAACCUUUUCUUGAACUUUUUGCAGUUUCCUCGUGGAGAUACAAAGAAGUUCGAGUCUCUUCAGCUUAUUAGUGAUUUACUAGAAUGGGACGAGUCUCGAAGAGUUCAGGCUGGUCUUGCUCACACUGUCGGAGGAGCAAAGGCACGAGAUGAAGAAGGAAGACCUUUGAGACAGAGCUUCAUCUCCUUAUGGACAGAUUUCUUGGAAAAAGAAAGUUCCAAAACAGCUAAAUAA